AUGGUACUCUUGGAACCAAAGCCAAAAAGAGCAGAAGUACAGAUGUAUGAAAGAACCUCUUAUUCUUAUGAACAAGAUUUUCCCCCGCUAGAAGAAUUUUCAAAAAAGGAGUAUCUUGAUGCUCCAAAAAUUCCUUCUAAAUUACAAGCAGAUGUAGAAGGCCGGCAAGUGGAAGACUACAGUUCCGUCUCAAAAGAAUGUCUGAAGGAAGGAGACUCAAAGGAACAGGUAGAAGCGAAAAACUUGGAGUUUGAAGAUCAUUCAAUCAAGGACCAAGAAGCAUCCGUCAUCGUAGAAUCGGAAGAUAGGAGACAGGAUCAAGAGUCUGGAAACCCUGUAAGUACAGGCACCAAAGACGCAGAAUUAGAAGAAAAAAUUAAGGACAUUGUUGAUGAAUCCAAGCAUGAUUGUCAAGACAAGAGUCACAAAAUUGUGACAGAAGUCGGAGUUGAGACAAGCUUAAACAACACCAAGGUGAAUGAGGAGCUUGUGAAUUUGAGCUCGCUCAAGAUGAGUCUAGAAACUUGUGAGAGUGAUGCUAAUCAAGAGACUAAAGAAGUCGAAAAUCCACAACAUGAACUGGAGAAAACAGAAUCAGCCUUGGAACCAGAAGUGAAUGAAGUUGAACAAGCCAAAGCUGUGCCUGAAACAUCAUCCGAAUGCUUAUCUCAAAGUGUUCAAACUUCUACCACGACAUUGGCUUCCGAGCAAGAAAUUGAAACCACACAAUUGAGUGAGAAGAUAGAAGAACAGAUACAAGAGGAAGAAGAGACAGAGCCCAAGGUUGUUUCAGUAGAAGAAACCAUAGUUGAUCAGGGUCUUCAAAAUGAGGAACCCAAAGAUCAAAUUCAAACAACAUCUUUGACAUUGCCUUCUAAGGAUGAAUUAUCUGAUGCAAAGCAAACGACAGAGAUAUGCUUGGAAAAAGAAAAGGUUGAUGAGCUUGGAGAUGGUAAGAAAGCUGAAACUGGUGUUGCUUGUGCUAUUCAAGUGGAGGAACCAAAUGAUCAAAUUCAAGCUUCAGCAUUGCCUGAUGCUGUUGUGGGUCAAGAAACUAUUGUUGCUCAAGCUUCAAUAACCGAGGAACCAACUAAGCUUGAAACAAAGGAAGAUGACAAAAUAAUGGAAACUGAAGUGAAAGAAGAUGAGAAACCGGAACUGCCGGUGAAAGAUGGCCUAGGAGAAGACGAGCUAAAGGGUAAACUGAUUGAAGACAAAGCAUUGGAAACCAUUCAAACUGAAAAGCAUGUUGUGGAAGCUCAAAAGAUGAGUGAAAAUGAGAUAGCUGAAAAGCAGAUUGUUUGUGAGGAUAAAACUGUUGGAAAUCCUGCCCAAGCUUCAAUUGCAAAGAUAGAAACCGCAACAAGGCUAAAAGAAGUUGUCACUGAGAAAGCAGCACCAGGACAAGACUGUUUCUCUCACAUAGAACAGAGAGAAAAGGGGAUCCAAAGCUUGAAGGACCAUAUGAAAACUCUUGAAGAGACAGGGAAAUUGCCAAUACCGCAGCUUGCAAAAAAUGGUAUUGAGUUAUUCCCCUCUGUCAGACAACUUGAUAAACCAAGAUCAUCGGGAAAUGUGAGGAUUGAAUUUCCCCCACCAGAAGAAAACAAAAAGUCAGCCUCCCCAGAAUCAACUUCAGUCUCAGAAGAUUCAGAGAUAUCAACAUGUUUUGAGGAAGAACAAGAAAUAAUGACUACUGUCAAAACAGAGGUAAAGAUCGAUGAAAUGUCAGAAGAUGAAGCCACUAAAACAGGGGAACCCUCGAUUGCAAGUUCUACACUUGAUGUCUCAGUAAGCAAGAUAGUGUUUACUUUAGAUGAUAUUCCAACCAACAAAUGGCCAGAAAGACUACAGGAAUUUCAUCCCUGGCUUGAAAGUAGAAGAUUAACAGAAGAAAGUCAUUAUAACAUCCUCAUGGAAUUUGUAUCACGAUUCACUGGGAUGUUAAAAGAUUGUCUAAAGCAAGCAGUGGUUGCAUCUAUUCAAGAGCCACUGCAAGUAGCCAUAAACCAAAAUCUCUACAGGCAAAACAGAAACAUUCUCAAUCUAACCAUGGGAGAAAUCCAGCAAGAAACGUAUAUUGCUCUGGAAGACUUAUGCAACAGAAGGAAAGUCUUCAAAGACUAUCUCCAUGGAGACAAAAGAUUAGAUAAAGCCUGUGAUGAUUCACAUCUCAAGAUCAAAUGCGGAAAGGACAAAUCAUGCUAUUGUCCUACAAAAAAGAAAAGACAUUUCAGAAAAAUGAAGAAGUUCUCUUCAAGACCUUUCUGA